AUGGCUAUCACACACUAUCAGUUGACCGUAUGGCCUGAUCAUGGUGUACCAGUUGAUAAGAUAGUCAUGAUAUCUUUCAUUGAUAAUAUUCGUUUGACUCAUCCUCCUAAAGGACCUCCACUAGUAGUACACUGUAGUGCUGGAGUAGGAAGGACUGGUACCUUUAUUGUAAUAGAUACCAUGCUGCAGAGAAUGAAACAAGAAAAUACUCUUAAUAUUUAUGAUUUUUUGUUACAAAUUAGACACCAAAGGAUCACACUGGUUCAAACUAAGGAGCAGUACAUUUAUAUUCACAAGUCCUUAGCAGAUCACAUUCAAUGUGGUGAAACUUCAUUCGCAAUUGAAAAGGCUCAAUACAGGAUCAAAGAGUUAAGAAAGAAGAACGAGGAUGAGGAGUGUGAGUUUCAAAAAGAGUUUGAGUUAUUGAAGGAACUGUCAGAUACUACAAGUACUAUUAGCUGCUCCAUUGCAAUGGAUAAUCAAGAAAGAAACAGAUUUGACUAUAAUUUACCUUAUAACCACACUCGUGUAAUAUUAAGAGACACAGAAAAUGAUUACAUUAAUGCUUCCUGGGUUGAGGGAUACAAAACAGGAAAUUGGUUCAUAGUGACACAAAUACCAUUACAAAAUACUCAGACUGAUUUUUGGACCAUGAUACAUCAACAGAACUGUAGCGUGAUUGUUUUACUUCAUCCAGUAGGAACUGAUGAGAUCCCUCAAUUUUGGCCACCACAAAUGGGUCAAGCGAAAAAGUACCAAGACUUGACUGUAGAGCAUAGUUUAGAAAAAGAAGAAAAUGACUAUCAAAUUAUAACGUUAGAACUCAAAUUCAAGAAUGAAUCAGCUCAUAAUGUGACAUUAUACUAUUAUAAAAAGUGGAAUAUUAAUACUAAUAAUAAACCUUACCUCAAGCCUUUAUUUGGUAUACUGGCAAAGAAUCAGCUUGAAAAUGGUAACAGGCCAAUUGUCGUUGCAUGCAAUGAUGGUGUUGGUUGUAGUGGUACAUUUCUGACAGCUUAUUCUCAAAUAGAAAGAGCUAAAACUGAAGGAGUGUCUGAUAUAUUUCAAUUCAUUAGGAAAGCAAGGAGCCAGAGACCAGGACUGGUUGAUUGUUUGGAAAGAUAUAUUUAUUGUCACGAGCUAUUGUGUGAGUAUGCUGAAGGAAUGCUGCAACAUGAAGAAACAAGUUAUAUUUAG